GGCAGAUGAGAUGGGUCUUGCGCAUACAGAGACAAGGCAAGUGCGGAAGAAUAUUCAUGGCAGACGCGGGAUAACAAGGUACAAGAGAAUCACAAAAACAGUAAAAGAAAGAGAGCAGUACUGCACCCAUAGGGCCAUUCCAAUACUUUAUUCAUGCACACAAGUUUCACGUUCCGAAAUCUCGGGGCCCGGCGGGGACUCUCUGCCUGCACAUACUACAAAACAAUAUCCUCCCAACUCACAAUCCCUAGCUGCGGACUUACAGAGGGCACACUCUUGCUUUGCUUUAGAACUAACUUAAAGUUCAGAAAAUCUGCGCAAGUGUUCGUGUGGAGGUGUGUAGCAAGUAUGGAGAGAGCAAUGUCGAUAGCCAAGGAGCCAGAGCAGGUGAUGAUGUUGAGAGGGGGAUCCGUGCUGGGUAAGAAGACCAUUCUCAAGAGUGACCAUUUCCCUGGCUGCCAGAACAAACGCUUGUCUCCCCAGAUCGACGGUGCUCCCAAUUACCGUCAGGCCGACUCAUUACCUGUUCAUGGUGUUGCAAUCCCAACAAUCGAUGGAAUCCGCAAUGUUCUGAAGCAUAUUGGGGCUCAAAUACAUGGCAAGCAAGCACAAGUUCUAUGGAUCAGUCUUCGUGAGGAACCGGUGGUCUACAUCAAUGGGCGCCCCUUUGUUCUGCGUGAUGUGGAGCAGCCCUUCUCAAACCUUGAGUAUAUGGGAAUCAACAGGGGUAGGGUUGAACAAAUGGAAGCACGAUUGAAAGAAGAUAUCUUGAUGGAAGCUGCAAGAUAUGGAAAUAAGAUCCUUGUCACUGAUGAACUGCCAGAUGGUCAGAUGGUGGACCAGUGGGAACCAGUGUCUCGUGAUUCUGUAAAAACACCAUUAGAGGUGUAUGAGGAAUUGCAAGUAGAGGGGUACCUUGUUGACUAUGAACGUGUUCCUAUAACUGAUGAAAAACCACCAGAGGAGACAGAUUUUGAUAGUUUGGUUCAUAAAAUUUCUCAAGCCGAGAUAAGCACAGAGAUAAUUUUCAAUUGUCAAAUGGGACGUGGACGAACUACAACUGGGAUGGUGAUUGCAACUUUGGUCUAUCUCAACCGAAUUGGAUCUUCUGGUAUUCCAAGAACCAAUUCCAUUGGGAGAGUGUUUGAUGCUGGGGCUAAUGUUGUUGACCAUUUACCUAAUUCAGAAGACGCAAUUCGUAGAGGAGAAUAUGCUGUCAUAAGAAGCUUGAUUCGAGUAUUAGAGGGGGGUGCCGAAGGAAAAAGACAAGUGGAUAAGGUCAUCGACAAGUGUGCGUCAAUGCAGAACUUACGUGAAGCAAUUGCCACUUAUCGCAAUAGUAUUCUACAUCAACCAGAUGAGAUGAAAAGGGAAGCAUCGUUAUCCUUUUUCGUGGAGUACUUGGAAAGAUACUACUUCCUUAUAUGCUUCGCUGUAUAUAUUCAUUCAGAGCGAGCAUCCCUCUGUUCUAGUUCAUUUGAUCAUAGCACUUUUUCUGACUGGAUGAAAGCAAGGCCAGAACUGUACAGCAUUAUUCGUAGACUACUCAGGAGAGAUCCAAUGGGUGCACUUGGAUAUGCAACUUUAAAGCCAUCUCUCAUGAAGAUUGUUGAAUCUACCGAUGGCCGCCCUUGUGAGAUGGGUGUAGUUGCCGCCCUGCGAAAAGGAGAGGUUCUUGGGAGUCAAACUGUUCUUAAAAGUGACCAUUGUCCUGCUUGUCAAAACGCAACUUUACCAGAAAGAGUGGUGGGUGCACCUAAUUUUAGAGAAGUCCCUGGGUUUCCAGUUUAUGGGGUGGCAAAUCCAACCAUUGAUGGAAUUCGAUCAGUUAUUCAGAGGAUUGGCAGUUCUAAAGGCGGUCGCCCUGUUUUUUGGCACAACAUGAGAGAAGAACCUGUAAUUUACAUCAAUGGAAAACCUUUUGUUCUCCGUGAAGUAGAAAGACCAUACAAAAACAUGUUGGAAUACACGGGUAUUGAUCGUGAGAGAGUUGAAAAAAUGGAAGCUCGAUUAAAGGAAGACAUCCUUCGGGAAUCUGAACACUAUGGGGGUGCUAUAAUGGUUAUACAUGAAACAAAUGACGGGCAAAUAUUUGAUGCUUGGGAACAUGUGAAUACUGAUGCUAUUCAGACCCCACUUGAGGUUUUUAAAAGUUUGGAGGCUGAUGGUUUUCCCAUCAAGUAUGCACGUGUGCCCAUCACUGAUGGUAAAGCUCCCAAAAGUUCUGACUUUGACACAUUGGCAGUGAAUAUUGCUUCUGCUACCAAGGAUACUGCUUUUGUUUUCAAUUGCCAGAUGGGUAGAGGAAGGACAACAACUGGUACUGUAAUUGCUUGCCUUCUGAAACUUCGAAUUGAUUAUGGAAGACCUAUAAAAAUCCCACUUGAUGAUAUGAAUCACGAAGAGGAAAAUGGUGGCACUUCAAGUGGUGAGGAAACAGGAGUUAGUGUUGUUGUAUCAACCACCCGUAUCACAAAAGUAAGAUCUGAAAAGGAGCAAGGUCAGGUUUUUGGGAUAAAUGACAUUUUGUUGUUGUGGAAGAUAACGAGACUAUUUGAUAAUGGGGUGGAAUGCCGGGAGGUCUUAGAUGCUAUUAUUGACAGAUGUUCUGCAUUGCAAAACAUACGACAAGCGGUUCUGAAAUAUUGGAAUGUAUUCAAUCAACAAGAUAUUGAGCCAAGGGUAAGGAGACUUGCAUUGAACCGUGGGGCCGAGUGCUUGGAGCGGUACUUCCGUUUAAUCACCUUUGCAGCAUAUCUUGGAAGUGAAGCAUUUGAUGGGUUUUGUGGGCAAGGAGAAUCCAGGAUGACAUUUAAGAAUUGGUUGCAUCAGAGACCAGAGGUCCCAGCAAUGAAAUGGAGCAUAAGAUUAAGGCCUGGGCGAUUUUUUACUGUCCCUGAAGAGUUAAGAGCACCACUUGAGUCCCAACAUGGUGAUGUGGUGAUGGAUGCCCUUGUUAAGUCCCGUAAUGGUUCAGUUUUGGGUAAAGGCUCCAUACUGAAAAUGUAUUUCUUUCCUGGUCAAAGAACUUCCAGCCACAUACAUAUUGAUGGUGCACCAUACGUUUGCAAGGUAGAUGGAUUCCCUGUGUACAGCAUGGCAACUCCAACAAUUGCUGGGGCAAAAGAGAUGUUAGCAUAUUUAGGUGCCAAGCCUGAAGCAGAAGGCUCAGUUGCUUGUAAAGUGAUAUUAACUGAUCUGAGAGAAGAAGCGGUAGUUUACAUAAAUGGCACACCAUUUGUCUUGAGAGAGCUAAAUAAGCCUGUUGAUACACUCGAGCAUGUGGGAAUCACUGGUCCAGUGGUGGAACACAUGGAGGCAAGACUAAAGGAAGAUAUAUUAUCUGAGGUCAGACAGUCUGGUGGACGGAUGCUUUUACAUCGUGAAGAAUAUAGCACCGUACUGAGUCAGUCCAGUGUCAUGGGAUACUGGGAAAACAUUUUAGCAGAUGAUGUGAAGACUCCUGCUGAAGUAUAUGCCGCUUUGAAAGUUGAGGGCUAUAAUAUAACAUAUAGGAGAAUACCAUUGACUAGAGAAAGAGAGGCUUUAGCUUCUGAUGUCGAUGCAAUCCGGUACUGCAAAGAUGAUGCUGCAGGGUGUUACCUUUUUGUAUCGCACACCGGGUUUGGAGGAGUUGCCUAUGCGAUGGCAAUUACAUGCAUUAGACUUGGUGCAGAGGCAAAUUUUGCAUCAAAAACUCAGUCAUCAGUUGAUACAAAUCUACUUUCUAGGAAUGAAGAGAACUUGCCUUCUCAAGCUUCUGAUGAAGAAGCUCUGAGGAUGGGUGAUUACCGUGACAUACUAAGCCUUACAAGAGUACUCGCAUAUGGUCCCCAAAGCAAAGCAGAUGUUGACAUCAUUAUUGAAAGGUGUAGGGGUGCAGGGCAUUUACGAGAUGAUAUUCUCAAUCACAGUAAGGAACUUGAGAAGUUCCCAGAUGGUGAUGAUGAGCAGAGAGCUUACAACAUGGAUAUGGGAAUUAAGGCUUUAAGGCGGUAUUUUUUCCUAAUCACCUUCAGGUCUUAUCUUUACUCCACUUCAGCAGCGGAGAUGGAGUUCGCGUCGUGGAUGGAUGCAAGGCCUGAACUUGGACAUCUAUGUAACAACCUUAGAAUAGAUAAAUGAUUUCAGUCAUAUAACAAUGCUCGUAUAUUAGAUUUGUGUAAGCUGGCAAUGCCCGGAAAGACACAUCUCCACUUUACCAGAAAAUCAAACAUCCACAUGAACUGAUAAAAAAAAAAAAAAAA